AUGGCGACUUAUGCUGCACUGGCUUCUCUUCUGCAAACGCUGGAUUAUCUACUGAAGUUCCCGUUGUUGAUCCUCGAAGUUAAGAAAAUGAAAGCCGAAGCUCUCAAACCAAAACUCGAUGAAUUCUUAUUGCUUUUGACGGCAGGAGAACCCUCUGCAGUGUCGAGCUCGAGCUCGGGCUCUCGUCUGUGGGAGCUAAUUGAAGAAACUGAUCAAUCUCUGCAAUCGUCAGUAGAAGAUUUUAUUGAGGCACUUGGGAGGUCUCAUUCAGCUGAUACUUUGGAGAUCAGACAAAGAUUGCUACUAUACUUUACUAGUAGUACAAAGCCAAAAUUUGAACUUCUUGCGGAGGGAAAGCCUCAGAUAUUCAAGGAGAUCACAUCCUUGGAGGAAAAUUUGAGGAAAUUUCUCCACAGCACUGUCCAAGACUGCUUGUCUGGCAGGCCUAACCAUUUCUUGUACCGAUAUGGCCAUGUGGAAGAGGAUCUAAAUCCUCGAGAAUUGCCAGAUUUUUUUAUACAAAUUGUAUAUUCUCAAGUAGACAGUGAAACACCAGUAGUUGAUUCCCCGUUCUCCUCACCAAGCAGUGAGACUGAUGACCCCUACGUCGGCAAACUUGACUCGACCGUACAACAUUCAAAUGGAACCAUCUCCUUUCCAGACCUUGAACAGCUGUUGUCGUUGGCAUUUCGCCAGAGCCGACUUCCAGUAAUUGUUAACAAGAUGGGACAUUUGUGGAGAACCUGUCGUCGGGUCGAUGACAGCAUCACUAGCUUCUCGAAAGCCACUUCCGAUUUAACAACUCUCCACCAGGAUAUUCGGUUCUUGCUAACCUUUCUUAAGGAGGAUUCUUCUAAUAAAUUCUGCCCUCAUCAUGAAUUGCUGAAAUGUAUGAAAGAUGUUGCAGAUAGAGCAAGGGUUCCUGUCGAACAAUGUAUGGUAGACUACCAAAUCGAGUCCAUUAUGACGUACCCCUUUUGCUUAUUGGCUGGGAUUCCUGCAAAAUUACAAGAUUCUGGAAAGAUUCUUGAGUGUGCAGUGGACAGGAUUUUCUACGGAAAGAAGGGCAUUUCCCAAUAUUUGGUGCAGGCAUCAAUGCAGAUUCAACCCAUUAAAGAAAUGAUUACAAAGAUAAAUGAUGAGAGUUCAAGUGCGCACACAUCAAUUGGCAGCAUGUCUCUACGCCAUUCAAAUAAGGACGACAUUGUGGUGGGUCUUGAUGAUGAACUGGUUAGCCUCCUGGAGGGACUCACCAGAGUGCCAUCAGGGCUAGAAAUUGUGACCAUUUUAGGGAUGGGCGGCAUUGGUAAGACAACUCUUGCUCGAAAAGCUUUUCGUCAUUCUUACACUGAAUAUCACUUCUAUUGCCGUGCAUGGAUCACAGUUUCCCAAGUAUAUCAAGUCAGAGAUUUGUUACUGGGCCUUUUGGGCUGUCUUGGUCACUCCACUGAUAAAUUGGUAGAGAAAAACGACGCUCAAUUAGCUGAAGUUGUGUACAGAAGUUUGAAAGGUAAGAGGUACUUGAUUGUUAUGGAUGACAUAUGGAGUAUCGAUGCUUGGAAUGAUGUCAAAAGAUGCUUUCCUGAUGACAAAACUGGUAGUAGAAUCUUAUUAACCAGCCGCGUUACAGAGUUGGCUAGCUACGUCAAUGCAAAGAAGCCUCCUCAUUGUAUGAGUCUUCUGGAUACUGAGCAGAGUUGGGAACUGUUGGAGAAGCUUGUAUUUGGGAUAGCAAGUUGCCCGCCUGAAUUGGAGAAAUGUGGAAAGCUUAUAGCUAAACGAUGCCAAGGACUACCACUAGCAAUUGUUGUAAUGGCUGGUGUACUUUCACGUGUCGUCAAGACAUAUGACUGUUGGAAUAAUUUUGCAGAGAAGGUAUGCGCAAUCAUCUCCACUAAUCCAGAAGAAUGCCUGGAUAUACUUGCUUUGAGUUACAAUUAUUUGCCCCAUCAUCUCAAAGCCUGCUUCCUCCAUAUGGCGGCUUUCCCUGAAGACUGUGAAAUAGAAGUUCAAAAGUUGAUUAAUCUAUGGGCUGCAGAGGGAUUCUUGGAUCCCCAAUCUUCAGAAAAUCUAGAACAGGUGGCAGAGGAGUAUUUGGAAGACCUUAUUGGUAGAAACUUAGUUUUCAUUGAAAAGGAGUGUUUUGGAGGAAAAGUCAAGACCUGUCGUCUCCAUGAUUUCUUACGUGAAUUAUGCUUGAGAGAAGCACAGAAAGAGGACUUCAUGCAUGUGAUACAAAAGAGAGGUACCAAACGCUCUCGAGUAGGCUUGCGUAAUCAGCAUCGCCUCAGUUUCCAUUUGGAUCCUUACAGUGAUGUGGCUGCGGCACCUGGAAUCCCACACGUCUCGUCUUUUAUGUGUUUCACAUUGGGUACUAAUAUUGUUCCGAAUAUUCUGUUCUUUCAAUUAGGCUUUAAGGUGCUUAGAGUAUUAGACAUAUUCUUUCUGCAUUUUGAUUACUUCCCUGCCCGAAUACUAAAACUGAUUCAUUUGAGGUAUCUUGCGCUGAGUGCUACUUAUGAGCUUCCUGCAUCAGUAUCACAACUAAGGAAUCUCCAAACGUUGGUGAUUCAUGGUCCAUGGCACUGCCGGGAGUCUGGCAGUAGCCCAACAUUGUUACUGGAGUUUUGGAGUAUGCCUUCAUUGAGGCAUCUCCAGUGUAGUGUGACCAUUUAUUUGAAGAAUCCUCCUGGAGCUAAUAGUGAACUCCCUCAGCUAUUUGUUUCAAAAAACCUACAAACUCUCUCUACCAUCAAAAUUUCAUGCUGCACAAAGGAAGUUUUCAGUGUCAUGCCCCAUCUCAAGAAACUUGAAAUUUGUGAGACAGAAGAAGACUGCGGCAUAUGUGAGCCAUCUGUAUUACUUGGGAAUCUACAGUACUUGAAAGAGCUUGAAACACUUGAGUGUUGCUUCUACAAACAAAGAGUAGAAGCGCGGCAAAUAUCAUUUUUUUCUGCCCUGCCAUGUUCUCUUAGGCAAUUGAGUUUAAGUUGGAGUUAUUUGCCAUGGGAA